AUUUUAAUUUGAUUGAUCGCGGAAUGUGUAGGAGAAUGAGAGAUAAAUAAACUUUUUUUUGUUUAUAAGUUUCAAUAUUGAGAUUAUUAGUAGUUUUGUUCGGCAGUCGUCACAUCAAGUUUACGGGUGUUUUGUAAAAUUUAAAAAAUCGAAAAAAAUGGCUAAUGAUAAAAAUGAAACUGAAACAUUAAAAUCAGUUAAAGAAGAGUACAUUACUGAGGUUAUUGAAAAGGAGUUUGGAAAAAAUGCAAAAGUUAAAAAAAUCGAAGAAGUUUUAACUUCUGGUGCUGGUGAAAAUUAUGCUUCAGAUUUGCAUCGUAUUCAAGUUGAUGUUGAACUUGAAGAUAAGACCGAAACUACUGUUUCAUACAUUUAUAAAGCUAUGCCAAAUUCUGAAUUUGGUGGUCAAAUGCUUAAAGCAAUGAAUAUAUUUCCAAGAGAAAUAGAAAUUUAUACAAAAAUUAUACCGAAAUUUGAAGAACUAUAUAAAGAGGCUGGAAAAACUGUACGUUUCUCUCCAAAAUGUGUUUUUGUAGCACCCGGUGAAGAAGCUUUCCUAAUGGAAGAUUUAAAACCAAAGAAAUUUGUAAAUGCUAAACGACAAAUCGGUUUAAAUAUUGAUCAAGUUAAAAGAACUUUAGAAAAACUUGCAGAAUAUCAUGCAGCAUCUGUUAUUGUAUACGAAAGAGAUGGUUAUGCAGCCACUUAUAUAGAAGGAAUAUUUAAAGAAGAAAUAAUGAAACCAAUGUUAGAAAUGCAAAAAUCUCUAAUGAACAUUUAUAUUGAUUGUUUAAAACAAAAUGAAAAUGUGCAACCGUAUAUACAUAAAAUGCUAAAAAUGUUAGAUUAUGGUUUUGAUAAAUUUUUGGAUGCUAUGAAAGUUAAUGAAAAUGAAUUUAAUGUUUUAAAUCAUGGAGAUUUAUGGUGUAAUAAUAUUAUGUUUCAAUAUGAUGAUAAUGAUAAUAUUACAGAAACAUAUUUUGUUGAUUAUGCAGCAGCAAAAUAUGGUAGUCCUUCACAAGAUUUAUGGUAUUUUUUGUUAUCAUCUUGUGAAAAAAGUAUUAAAAUUGAUAAAUUUGAAUAUUUUGUUAAAUUUUAUCAUGAUAAAUUAAUAGAAAAUUUAAAAUUACUACAGUAUACAAAAGAAUUACCGAAACUUUUAGAUUUACAAAUACAAUUAUUAAAAAAUUCAUUAUGGGCAUUUUCAACCGUUCAAGGAUUACUACCCAUCAUUUUAGUUGAUCCAACAGAAUUAGCUACAAUGGAUAAUUUUAUGGACACCGGUGACGCUGGAAUGAAAUUUAAAAUCAUGUCAUUUUCGAAUCCCCGUUAUUUAGACGCUUUGGAAGAAUUAUUACCAUGGCUGGAUAAUAAAGGAAUAAUGGAUUAAAAAUGAAAAUGUUCGAACAUUUUCUUCUUACCGCUAUUUCUUUUUCAUAUCACGAUGUAAAAAUAUAAGAGAUUAUGCCAAAUUUUAUUUAUGGUAAUGAAUUUUUUAAUUGUGAAUUAAUUAAAUUCAAAUUAUUGUAAUAAUUAUGAAUAUAGAAUUCACAUAAAUUUUUAUUUUUUCAAUUUUUUGAUUUUAAAACUUUUUAAAUAAUUUCUAAUAAAAAUGUCAUUAAUCAAUAA